UCGGCGUCUGCAGUCCGCCGUCGAGGUGCUGGCGUCAGCGGCUCCGUCGCGGGGAGGGCUGUGUUCCUCAUUCACACUCUCCAGAGUGUGAUGGUCGCCAUCGCUCGCAUGUGUUGAAGGGCGGACAGGUGCCCAACAGGUGCUGAACAGGUGCUGAACAGGUGCUGGAGGUGUACGCAAUGAGAGUGUCAGCAGUGAUGGAGCCUGGCAAAAUGAAGGAAUCAAAAGAGCUCACCGUUCUAGUAGAGGACGCCGGCGGUUCUAAGACGGAAGGAAGUAGUAGAAGACCUAAGUAUUCCAAGUUCACGCAACAAGAGCUGCCCGCUUGCAAGCCGUUGUUGACACCUAAGUGGGUGAUAGGCACGUUUUUCGUCAUUGGCGUGAUAUUCAUUCCGAUCGGCGGGAUCGCGUUGGCGGCGUCAAGUUCCGUGGUGGAAGUGGGAAAGCGAUACGACGAUGAAUGCUUCAGGUCCUUGUCGGCUAUGGCCGCUCCGGGCGAUCGUGAUUUGACCUCCUCUGCGGCUCGAGAUGCCUAUAUGCGCAAUCCAGAGACGGACAAGUUGUGCACCAUCAACCUGACCAUCCCCCGGACCAUGUCGCCGCCCAUCUUCGUAUACUACCAGCUGGACAAUUUCUACCAAAACCACAGACGGUACGUGAAGAGCCGAAGCGAUGUGCAGCUGCGCACGGGGGACAACGCGGGAAUCAGUACUAAGUGCAAGCCUAAGGAUUGCGUCCAAGUCAAUGGUAGUAGCGACGGGGCGACCGGUAGCUGCCAACCUAUCGUCCCCUGCGGACUGGUCGCCUGGAGUUUUUUCAACGACAGCUAUAGCCUCACGCUGACGUCGUCGGGGCUCGAUCCGUCGUCAGCGUCUUCCUUGUCCCCUGGACUUAAUCGUACCCUAGAUGUUGACGAGAAGGGCAUUGCUUGGGACAGUGAUGUCAAGGACAAGUAUGGGAGGGUGAUGCCUCAGAAUUUCAACAAUGAUCCUGCGACCAGAGGCGGCAGCACGCUGACUGGACCAAUCAACCAGAACGAGCACUUCAUCGUCUGGAUGAGGACAGCGGCAUUACCGAGCUUCAGAAAGCUGUGGGGGAAGGUGGAUGAGAAACUCUACGCGAAGAGUGAAAUUAGCGUGACCAUAGUGAAUCAGUACAACACGUACACCUUCGGCGGGAAGAAGAAGCUGAUCCUGAGCACGGGAAGCUGGCUGGGAGGAGCCAACAACUUCCUCGGGAUUGCCUAUCUGACGGUGGGGGCGUUGUGUAUGUUGUCGUCCUUUCUCUUCUUCCUAAUCCAUUGGAGGAAUCCGAGGCCGCUUGGGGACACAAGUUACCUCUCGUGGAACAGAAAGCAAGAGGCGUGAAUCUGGACCUGUUUUGGCAUACAGCACUACGAGAUCAAUGAAUCAAUCUGGACCUGCUUUGCAUCGAAUGAUUCAUGAUUCAUGAGAUGAAUCAUUCGAUGCACGGGUUCUCUCUCUCUCUCUCUCUGUGUCUCUCUAGACUUGUGGAAUUCAGAACAAGAUGUGUGAAAGAACCGUUCGAUAAGGCUGCUGCUGCUGCAAUUGUAAUCCCCUUCCCCCCCCCUCCCCCACAUGCCGAUUCUGUCAUCAUCAUCAUCGUUGUCAUUCUCAAGUCUCAAUCAUCAUCAUCAUCAUCAUCAUCAUCAUCAUCACCGUUCUGAUCAACAGCAGUACAGUUGGGGUCAAGUCGGCGCAAGAGGGUAGACGAAAGCCCCGGCCCUGGCCCUCGCGAAAGCGGCAGAGACUUGCUGGCUUCCGGUUUAGGGUUUGAUAGGAGACGAAGAAGACCAGGAGGUGAGCACAUAUAGCAGGAGCAGAACCUGGGGCUGUACAGGGAACGGAGAUCGGUACUUGGAACGGAUGGAUGUGGACCUGUAUUAGGACCAGGUAGGGACGCGGUGAUUUACCUGGAGCAGAACGAUGUGGGCCUGUUCCUGGAAUAGGAGGUGGCGGGAACCUGGGGCUGUACAGGGAACGGAGAUUGGUACCUGGAACAGAUGGAUGUGGACCUGCACGACAUGGAGCAGUAGGAUGUGGACCUGCAUUAGGACCAGGUGGGGGGGCGGACAUUCCCUGGAGUAGAAGGAUGUGGGACUGUUGCUGGAAUAGGAUGAGGUGGAUGUCUUGGACUAUAGGUGCUAGGAGGCCGAUCUGUACCUGCUGAACCAGGAGGAGCAUCGAUUGGACCUGUAUCUGGACCACGAGGAGCGUUGGUUGGACCUGCACCUGGACCAGAAGACGGAUCCGUGGCGACGAGGAGCAUUGGUUGGACCUGCUGUACCUGGAGCAACAGGUGGAUCCGUGGGUGGACCAGGCCCUGGAUUUGGGCCUGACCAGGACCAGGAGCGUUUAUUGGACCUGAUCUGGAGCGUUGAUUGGACCUCUGACCUGGACCAGGAGAGUGGCAUCGGUUAGACCCGACACAGGGCUUCAUGACCCGCAGCAGGAGGAGCACUGGUUGGACCUGAUCCGGCGCAGGAGCACGAUUUGGAUCUGUGUACCUGGAUCAACAGGUGGACCCGGGACCGAGCCUGACCUGGAACUGCGCCUGGACCAGGAGCAUUGGUUGGACCUGACUCAGAUCAGGAUAGCAUUAGCUGGACGUCAGCUACACCAGGCGCGUCGACGAUUGCACCUGCCUGACCCGGACCAGGAGCGUUGGUUGGACCUGACCGAAACAGGACCUGGACCGGGUCCAACCAACGCUCCUGGUCCCGGUCAGGAGGUGUACACAGAGGACCUGACCCGGACCCGGACCAGGAGCAGGAGGGGUACACAGAGGACCUGUACCUACUGUGGUACGAGAGGAGGUGGAUCCGGGAGGUGGGUAGCAGGACCUGGACCAGAAGCAGGACGUGGACCAGAAGCAGGACUUGAAAUAGGAACUGUGAAACAGUCCACAUUCAGACAUUUGUAGAGAUCCCAACCAAGGUGCAUGUGGUCGUUAACCGUGGUGUAUUCAGUGUUGAUGGGGUGGUGAGGCCAGUCGCGUCCACCGCUGUGUCACGUACGUAGAACCACUACCUAACGACUACCCUCCUGUACGGCCGUCCUGGUUAUUACCAGUAGGUUAUUACCAGGAAGCCCGCCGGCCGUACUUUUGAGUUGGUCCGUUGGAUCGGAGAUUAAUCCAACGGCG